UUUUCUUUCUUCAUUUCAUUCUACGAAUUUUGGCUGCAAUUGUUUUAAAACGCACGGAGCACAGCAGAAACUAUAUAGUAGGACUGACCGAGAUCAGACGCAUAAAGACAGCAGACUCCUGUUCUCGCUCGUGCAGUGAUGUGGAGCUGGGUUGAUCUCUAGGCAUCAUAAAUGUGAUAAGUUCGUGUGUGUGUGUUUUUUUUUAGGAUUAUUGAUUUCCCCUCACUAAAUCACUCAACUGUAGUGAAAACAUGGAUGUGGUGAGUUUCCGUUUGCCUGGGCAUGGAGACACGGCCCUGAGUAACAUCAACUUCCUGCGGACGCAGCAGCACUUCUGUGAUGUGACCAUCGUGGCGGGAGGCAGGCGCAUGUUCAGGGGUCACAAGGUCGUGCUGGCUGCUUGCUCUGCGUUUCUCAGGGACCAGUUUCUCCUGAACCCCUCAUCAGAGCUACAGCAGGUGUCGAUGUUGCACAGCUCAGCGGUGGUAUGUGAGCUCCUCCAGUCCUGUUACACAGGGAUGCUGCAGUUCAGUGCCAAAGAGAUCGUGAACUACCUGACUGCAGCCAGCUACCUGCAGAUGGAGCAUGUGGUGGAGAAAUGCAGAGGAGCCCUGAGCCAGUACAUGCAGCCCCGGAGUCGCAGCCCCGUUACUGUGAAAUCAGAAGACCCUCAGUCUAUGCCAGUGAUUGUCAGUGGAAGUACCCAUUCAUUGGGAUCCAUUUCAUCCCCUUCUGAUACCGCGUCACUGCAUCCUCACAGUUCAGGAAAGGAGUUCCAGGCUGCCGAUGCCGAACUGUCCAACAUCCCUCACAAAGAUGACAGCGAUUUGACCAUACACCAUGUCAGAGGAUCAGAUGCAUCUGGUCAUUUCGAGGGAGAGGACGGGCCUGAGAGUGACGUCUUUCAGGUGCAGAUCAAUGAUGAACAUCAAGACCCAGAGAAGACCUCUGGUGCUGAGGAGGAAGACAGAGAAGCUGUUGUUGUGUUGGAUGACCAUGGGCAGCUGGACGCAGGUAUAGAGGAGUCCUAUAUGGAAGGGCGAGCCAAAGGCAACGGCAUUGGAGGGGCAGGUCGCAUAUGGAGAAGACGGCACGGAGAGCACAGGGGAGGCAGAGGAAGAGGCUUUAAACACCGGAAGCGGUACACUUUCAAGGAUCGCAAGCUCUUGGGUAACUAUCAGGAGGCUUGGCGGUUCCCGACCCCUGAUGAGAUAAUGGGCAAUUUUGGAGCAGACUUUGGGGCUGAUUACCUGUCCAAUCAGCAUCUCGCAGACGGUACCGUCCGCAUUGAGUACAGGCCUGGAGAGGGACAAGGAGAAGAGAUUGGCUCUGAUGGAGGUCUUGCUCAAUUUAGUAUGGAAGCUUCCAGUGGGGAAGAGGGAAUUGGAGUUGGGACACAUACAAAUGAACACAGAGCUGCUGAUGAGUCUGUGGCAGUGGUGGGAUCCACGUCCUGCGUAGCUGGACCAGUGGUGUGUGAGCAAUGCGGAUUAGCGUUUUCCACAACGCAGGAUUUAGCCAUGCAUUCCCUGUCAACACACCGGCUGUACGUGUGUCCGUGCUGCGGGAAGCACUUCAGCCACUCCAGUAACCUCAAUCGCCACAUGAUCGUCCACCGUGGAGUAUCCAAGCUCCACUGCUGCCCCCUGUGCCACAAGACCUUCACUCAAAAGUCAACACUGUGUGACCACAUGAACCUGCAUAGUGGAGAGCGCCCACAUGUGUGCGCGUACUGCCACGUCAGCUUUGCCCACAAGCCUGCUCUACGCCGUCACCUGAAGGAGCAACACGGAAGAACCACGGCCCAAAAUUAUCUGGAAAUGCAGCGAAACAAUGAGGGUGGUGCUGGGGAGGGGGUUUAGAUCACAUUUAAAUUAAUGAAAUCAGAAUUAACCCCGUUUACUUUCUUAAUACACAUUUCUAGGUUUGUGCACAAUUUAUCGGUGCACAUUAAGUAAAAAAUGUAUGUCUUUGUAAUCGGUAUGUAAUAACGUGUCAUUUCAAUCCUCUAAGACUUUUUUUCUGUGAAACGCAAAAGACAUGAAGAGUUCAUUUGCAAAAACCGAUAAAUGCCACUUAAAAAAAAAUAAAUGAACUGAGGACCGCGCAUUAUUCUCCACAUAUAGAAUCCUAAACACGUUUUGCCAAAAAAGCCGGUGUUGUCCACUUUCAAAGGCAUCGCGAGCUCACGUUUUACUGCAGAAGCGACAAGCGCCCUUGUUUGUGAACCGAAGCCGAUAAACCCAUUUAGUGAAUCAGCGCGCCGUAUUCAGGUCAGGUGACAAGGCUUCUUUCACUUUGAAAAGACGUGCUAGCUGAGAGGAGUUUCGUCAAAACUGACUAAAGUGAUCGAGAAUGGAUCAUUUCGACGAACUUGGUGAACCCAUGAUAUCCUCUUUGGGGCGUAAAGGAAAAUAAAAUCUGAAACUAUUUCACAAUACCUUGCAAAAACAGCACGUGACAGUGGUGAGGGAAAAGCUCCCGUGUAUUGCGUGUAAUCACAACCAUACAUACAGUCUAUGAUCACAACAACAAUGUUUGUCAGGCAACGUAUUUGUUUGCGUUAUUAUUUAAUCAAAACAACCCAACUGCAGUUUGAUUGAUAGUACUUGGAAUGCACAAUUAAAAAAAACAUGAUUUCUGAAAAUAAACAAAAAUGGAGUUAUCUGAUUUUGCAAAUGAACUUCAUAUUUUGUCUGAAUUUUUCAAUCAAGUCGGUAUGCACUUUUUUUUUUACCUUUGGGCCGAACCAUUCUUGUUACUUAACCAUUUCAUUCCAUGUCGAUCUGGCCCAGCCGGUAUAGAUAUGGUUUCAUUUCGCACUGUGGGCCUGACAAUAGAGCUCAUAAUACAAAUGUGUCAGCCAUUGCCUUGGUAAUGCAAGUGUUUACAUGCCGUACGAGAUGGAUAGCGACCGUGUUAUGGAGGAUGAUCAGAUAUGUCCUUUUACUUCACUCAAAUAGUGUGCUUGGCCAGCUACAGAGACAAAGAAGCAGCCAGAACCAGACAACAAACCAGUGACCCAUCCUGAGUGGCGACGUCACUACAUUCAUUCUGCCAACAGGGUUUGGCUCAAGUGGAAGUCUAACAGUAACCAUUCCUUACUGUUCUUAGAACCAUUCAACCUGACAGUGGAAAAGCGGUUUAUGAUGUUUAAACCUCAACGUUCUUCAAAACAUCUUCGUUUGUAAAGAUGACAGAAUUUUCCCUCUUUAUACCACAUAAGAGCACAAAUACUAGUUUUUUUUUUGUUUUUCUUUAAAGGUUAAAAGUCUUCAAGCGAGCAGACAAUAAUGGAUGCCAAGUGAAGGUCUAGCAUAUAUGGCUUUUAGGAGUGAUAAAUGUUAAUACAAACAGAAAUGUUCAUGAAUUAGUACUGUGGCGUGAUGAGGAAAGUAAGAAAACGUGUUUGUCAUUUUUGUUGUAGUGCAACUUUAGUGUUUGUAUGUUACUAAUUCAACAAAGCCGUAUUAAAAAGAUUGUCCCAACUGUAAUUUUCUUGCUGUGAAUUAAUUAUACAUUGGCAGCAGGACAUUGGGACUGAAAACACAAAAAAAGCUAUUUGGUCAAACAAUACACAUAACAGGAUGGUCAGGACACUGUAAUCAAAAAAGUAACCCCCCUGACAGAAAUGACUGGAUCCCGACAAUAAUUCGUUUAAUUGCUUUGAAUUUUUAUUUGAUAGUGUUACCGUUUUAAAAGGGCAUGCCUCUGAAUUUGUAUGUGGCCGAUGCAGCAUAUGCUAAAUGGGGGGCCAGGCUGGAGCACUGCCUCAAAAGAGGGUGGCUUGCAAAUUACCAAAAUAAGAGAUAAAAAAAAUUCUAUAGUAAAAUAUAUUAUACACUACUAAGAUAUAUGCUUUUGUUACCUUAGGGAGCUAUUUCUGUCUAAUCCAACACUCGAAUUUACACUGAACAAAAUUAUG